AUGGCUGGCACACAUAGCUUUUCAUUUGAUAGAGUAUUCGGACCUCUUGUGAGACAAUCAGAUAUCUUUACUGAAGUAGCGAAGCCAGUCGUAGAUGGUCUAUUGAAUGGAUUUAAUGGCACUGUUUUCUGUUACGGAUAGACAGGUAGUGGAAAGACUUUUACGAUGGAAGGAGCUGAUCUUUAUAAUGAAGAACUUAAGGGUCUAUUGCCAAGAAUGUUCGUUUAUUUAUUUAAGCAAAUUGAGAAAGCUGAUUCUGCUUUGGAAUUCAAUAUCAAGUGUAGUUAUAUGGAAAUCUAUAUGGAGAAAAUUUAGGACUUACUUGAUCCAAAGAAAAAUAAUCUAUAAGUAAAAGAAGAAAAAGGCAAAGGUAUAUAUGUAGCUGAUGCAACUGAAGUUUAUGUGACUACCCCUGAAGAGAUGUUUGAAGUAAUGAGAGCAGGCUCAAAAAACAGGUCUAUUGCAGCCACCAGAAUGAACGAAAAAUCUUCAAGAUCUCAUUCUGUUUUCAUUUUGACAGUAAAUUAAAAGAACACAAAAACUGACGCAUCAAAGUUAGGCAAGCUCUAUCUCUGCGAUCUGGCUGGUUCUGAGAAGGCUGGAAAAACCUAGGCAUCAGGAUAAACUUUAGAGGAAGCAAAGAUGAUUAAUAAAUCAUUAUCAGCUCUUGGUAAUGUGAUCAAUGCAUUGACUGAGGGAAAAGCAGGAGGGCAUAUUCCAUAUAGAGAUUCAAAACUGACUAGGAUACUGUAAGAGUCACUUGGUGGUAAUUCUUAGACAUGCCUUGUUAUUACAUGCUCAUUGAGUGCUUAUAACGAUCGUGAAACUCUCUCCACUCUUAGAUUUGGUAAUAGAGCCAAGAAUAUAAAAAACAAGGUGACAUAAAAUGCAGAACGCAGUGCUAAGGAGUUACUCAUACUAUUGAAUGACGCAAAUGGACGAAUUGAUAAGCUUACUGAAUUGGUGAAAUUGGUGUAAAGCAAAAUGAAUGAAUUAAUGAAAUAAAUACCUGAUGAGGAAAAAGCGAAAAUCAAGCAAUUUUUAGAUGAAGCGAAGACUAUUACUACAGCUAAGGAUUUCGAUUAUCUAAUGGCAAAGUUAAAGGGGCAGGGUACUGAUGAACUUUAAAAAGUAUUGGAAGAAAAUAAAACUGAGGAAGACUAGUUAGAGCAAGACCAAUCAGAGUAUCAAUCUGAGGACGGGUCUCAAACAGCCAGGAGAAGGCAUGCUAGAAAUGCAAGUGAAAUAUCAAAGUACAUAAUGCCGCCAUCAACUGAAUAAUAAGAUGGUACCGAUGUAGCUGCUAAGUCAGAGGAAUAGGCUGUUCAUAUUUUCAAAUUGAAUUAGGAAAUUACAAAAAUAAAGGAAGAUUUGGACAAGGUGAAUGAGGAAAAGAAGGAUUUAGAAGAUGAAGUAAAAAGAAGAAAUGAAGAAAUUUACUAAAUGAAUGAGAAGCAGAUCCUUUAAGAGAUCAAUCAGUCAAUGAUAGAUCAAAAGCAAGUAAAUGAUCUAUAGGGUAAACUAGAAAGAGUAUAAGAUAUCAAUAUUAAAAGAGUGGGGGACAUGUCUAAACUCAAACAAUGUAUUGAGCGAUUGAGAUGUGACUUAAAUGUACUGUUCUUAAGUAAAAAACUAAAUAAAGAUAUGCCUGCUGAAUCAAUGCUAGAUGAUAGUGGUGUCAAUGCUACUUAAGAAGCUAGUGCUGAUAGUGAUAAGUUUGUUAGUGAAUAAAUUUAAAACACUCUCGACUAUAUUUAUAAACUAGAGUAGCAACUUAAGGAUGAUAUAACAACAUUUGAUAGUGAUAACCCUUUCUAAGCUGAUAGAUAGAUCAAUCAUGAAAGAAGAAGAUCUUAGAAUAUUGAUCCAAGGAAGAUGGAUACAACAGUAAUAAGUGAAAUUGAAUAUUUGAAUAUAUUACCAGACAUGGAUAUGGAUGACAGCAGUUUUCUUAAGAACUCAUAUGACGGACUUAAAAAUGGUGAUUCUAAAAAUGACGAGGAAUAAGUUUAAAGAAUAAGUGAACUUGAAAAAAUAGUUGAAAUUCAAAAGAAAGAGUUAGAUGAAUUGGCAUAAAUUAAGCAAAGUCAACUUAAAGAUGAGGAUUAAUAAAAAGAAGAAGAGACAAAGAUUAAACUGACUCUUGAGGAAGAACUUGAAAAAAUUAAGAAGCAGUUGGAGGAAAAGGAAAAUUAGUUAAAAGAAGUUGAGACUAAUAGUCAGAAAGAAAUUUUGGCAAAAGACAAAUAGCUGUAAGAACUCCAGGGUUAAAUGAAGUUUGAUAAGGAAUAGUUUGAAAAGGCUGUAAGUGAUAACAUCGAUAGGCGUUUGGUUUAUGAAUUAGAAAGUAAAAACAAACUACUCUAAGAUAAAAACAAGAUCAUUUUUACAGAGGUAAUAACAUUGAGAAAAGAUAUCGAGACAAAAGAUACUGAAAUUGAAAAAGCUACAUAAAAAGCAUCUCAACUUGAGAAGAAAUUACUGCUACAAUAGAGGUUGCUAUAAUAAUAGCAAGCUGUCUAAAAGUUACCAAAUAUAAGUCAAAUGAUGAUGCCAUUCUAGUAAAAUGGGCAAAUACAAUUUGGGACUUAUGGUGAUAUGGCCAUGAAUCCUCCUUAACAAAUGCAAAAUGUUCAAGUAUAAUAACCAGUAAAUCUCAACCAAAAUGAUGUUCCUCUAUUCUUCAACAGAAAAGUAAUCAAGCCAGUAAAAGGAGGUGGUGGCGGGAGUAAAAACCAAAUUCCAUAAGUAAAUCCCUAUGGCUCAUUUAAGCCUCAAUCACAACCUUUGAAUUUCAAUGAAUUUAUCAGCAGAACUAGUAAUCCUGGAAAUGGAGGUAGUUUUAAAGCAAAGACAAAUAUUUCAAACUACAAUAGUACUACAACUCCAACUCUGGGUAAUAUGAAUGCACCGAUCAUCAAGCCAGAACAUUAAAAAGAAUUUCAGAAGUAAAUCUUAGACGCCUAGUAAACGCCUUAGCAAAUUCGAAAACUCUAAUAGUAACAAUAAGAGGCCAUGCGCAAGGUUAAAAAAGAGAUUUACUAUUAGAAAUAUAAAGAAGCUAAAGAACUAACUAAAAAGUCUCAGCUUGAAGAGACAAAUUAAAGUGGCGACAGUGAUGAUGAAGACGACGAUGAUGAUGAUGAAGACGAAGAGGAGACUCAGAACCAAAGAAGACCUAACCAAAUGGCAGAAAUAUCGAAAAUCGCUUCUUCUUAGGACUAGCAUCGCAGAGGGAAAAGUGUUCACCACUCUUCAAGACCUUCCACUGCUACAGGAAAUGUAGAAAAAUAAAAGAAAAGCUUAAAAAGUAAAAUCACAAGCGCUUUCAAAAACUUCUUUUGA